AUCCCAGGACCAGCCACCAGAUUUCCAGGAACGCUGAACCCAAAUCCUAGACAUCUCCCCCCCCGCCGGCACGUCAAGUUUCAACCAUCUUUUGUGCAAGUUGUGCUCAGACUCGAACUAUUGCAUUGCGCACAAUCAGUCGCGACGAUACCGAUUGUUUAGAUUAUUUGCCUAGGCUUGCGCUUUACCGCGCGACAGACGCUUAGAUCUGAUAUUCGAUAUUGGAUCUUCGGGGCUACCACACGAUUCCCUGCGCGCGACUUGAUUUCCGCUGUGAAUCGGAACUGGUUGCGACACAAUGUCUGCGCUUCAAUUCGCCGCAACGGCGCUUCCCAAGGGCUUUUGCAAUGCAGCCAACCUGCCCAGGACUCCGGAACCUUUUAAUGCAGGCGAUGAACAGCUUCCAUUCCCGCCGCGGCCACGCUUCAAGCUAAAGAAGCGCAAUGCGUCGUCCCACCUGCAUGCGCCGACCGAGCAGUUUCUUGCAUCAGUGGCCGCUGCAGAUGUGCCUAUCCCCAGCGUGGAGGAACCGGACUUUGCGAUCGCCGACUAUGACCAAAAUAUGAUGGCACAUAUUCCCGAUUCAGAUGACGAUGGCUUGGAUAUUUACCAUCACCUUCACUCGCGUGUCUUUUCACCACCAAAGACUCCGGCAUUAGAUUUUGCCCGGUCGCUACCAGUACCCAACUUUCCUGACUGGUCCACUGGAUCGACAUGGAGCGAUUCCGAUUUAGAGUCAAGUCCUGAGUACGAAUCUAGUAGGCCAUCUACGGCCUUCUCAACCCACACAGCCUCCUCACUCUUCAGCCACUUCUCGCAUACUUCAGAAGAUGGCGACUGCAUCAGCCCCGACGUAGAUAAGGGCGCAUUCGAUCUGUCUGCAUUGCACGAUGAAAACGCCGGCCACCUGUCCAGAAGGAAACCGAGAAGAGCGCCCUGGACCAAGGCGAUGGACUCACAUCUGUGGUCGACAUAUAUGCUUUAUCUACAAGACCCUAAAGUAACGCCUGUCAAUCAGGGUAAGAGCUGUAUCCCGCCAAACGGCGUUUGCGCUCGCGUGGCCCGCGAGGCCAAGCGCAGCUGGAGGGGUUCCAAGCAGAAACCCACCUAUGUACAAAGUGGGAGCAAUACUCCAAGAGCCGAGUCUUCCAAUAUCUACAUGGAUUGGCCUCACACAUGCGCCGCUACACGAGCUCAUCUGCGUGAAUUGUGCAAGUUGAAAGCCGUAUCCAAUCACAGCCGUGCUCCUUACGUCUCUCCAACCCCAGCUCCCUUUAACAAAGCAGCUCACCGACGGUGGAAUCGGCGAUCUACUCCUGCACCCUCGCCUGCAACAUUCUCCGCCCAGGAUAUGUCGAUGUCUUUGACGUUGAGCACUUCUGAGGCAAUGCAGCCCCAAGGCCCUAUGGCUCUCUUGACAAGUUCUCAACCCGAGCCGCCUUUGGCGCCCUUGAUCAAAUUGGAAUCUCCCGAAGCAGACCGCAUGCGACUUGGAUCUCCAUUCUUGGCAAAGAGCUAUGGCCCUAGUUCCUCCAUUACACUUGCAGAGGGUGUCAAUUUCGAACGACAGUCCCAAACCCUUGGCCCACAGAAAUUCCUCAAGUCACCUGUUCGUUUGACACACUCAAGGUCUAGCACACAAAAACGAAGAUCUAUCAAAGGUCUCGAGGAUCAGCCUCGCAAGCGUCGUCCGAGUAUAGCUGCUGCGCUCUGGGGCCCGCCAGCAGAGGCUGCGGCCAGCACAAAGAACACUGUCUUCAGCUCGACAAACUUUUCGGAGAAUGACAAACUUUUCGUUCCCAGAACAAACGUCGCAGAUCCUUUCUACCCUACGAGCGUGUUGGAUCAUGCCACAAACUUACAUGCCUCACCGCCUUCACCAAAAACAUCAAUUCCUACCAGACUGGGCUCUCCUUUUUCUUCUUCGCAGACUAGCCAUUCCUUUCCAAACAGGCUCUCUCAGCCUACCAAUUUCAACCUCUCUGCACUACGACGACCUUUCGCAACAGUACAGCAGACCUCAGACUCUGGACGUGAUGCUUCGCCAACUCGUUCCAGUCUGUCAACACGUUUGGCCUAUAUUGAUCAACGACUCAAGGAGUUGAGGAACCGCAACAAUCACCGCAGAUCCCAAUCACCAGCUGCAUAAGCAUUCCACCACUCGCCCAAACACACUCUGCCCGAAGUUUUUCUUUCUACUACAAUUCCUUCUGUACAUUGUACGUGGUACUCCACCGUACUGUGGAUACUUUCAACUUUCGCCUAAUCUUGCUGGCGCCAUACACGCUUGCAAAUACUAGACCACUCAUCAUCAAACGACCACUCGG